AUGCUGAAGUUCACCACGCCCCUCUCCAACCCUGCCCUUCUGGUGUUCCACCAACCUCCUCCUCCUUCCGCUGGGUUUCCAGCUCCAGCCAGCCCACCCCAGCCCAGCCGGCCAUCCCUGCAGGCGCACUCACCAGCAGGGGCUCCUAAGGAGAGCAGGCAGAUGUCCGCAUGCAUGGAGACAGCUGACACACUCAUGGACACAGCUGACACACGCAUGGACACAGCUGACCGUGGUGAGGUGGCCCCUGAGGCCCCAGAGCCCACCCGCAUCGACGUGCACAUCCACCAGGAGUCCGCUCUGGCCACGCUCCUGGUCCGCGCGUGCUCCCAGCUUCAGUCCCCCACCCCAGACGCCGUCUCCCGGACCGGGGGCCGGAGCCGGCUGCUGGUGGCCUCCUGGGUGGUACAGAUCGUGCUGGGGGUGCUGAGUGGCGCCCUGGGAGGCUUCCUCUACUUCUUCCACUUCUGCACCUUGCGUGGCUCUGGAGCUGCCCUCUGGACAGGGGCUGUGGCUGUGCUGGCUGGAGCCGUCGCCUUCAUUUACGAGAAACGGGGAGGCAUCUACUGGGCCUUGCUAAAGACCCUGCUCGCCCUGGCAGCUUUCGCCACGGCCAUUGCCGCCGUUGCCAUUGGGGCUCGUUAUUUCCACGAGUACAAGUUUCAUUUUAGAGACUAUAUCUGUCAAGUCUCCUCAACGGGUUUGUCCUGGGGCGCUGCGGCCCGGACCACUCCAAGUCCAGAAGAAACCAGAAGACUGCACCUGUGCCUUUCCUACCUGAGCAUGCUGAAGGCCCUGUUCAUAAGCUUUCAGGCCAUGCUGUUGGGUGUCUGGGUUCUGCUGUUUCUGGCAUCUCUGGUCCCCCUCUGUCUGUACUGCUGGAGAAGGUCCCAAAGUAAGAAGGAGACAGACCAGAAAAAACUGCUGGAAGUGAGGGAAAACCAGCUGUGCUUCUCCUGAGUGUCCAUGCCUAGUCUCUCCCUGGACUGGGCAUCCCUGCCUCUGGCUCCUGGGAGAAGGACCGGUCUGGGGAAGAAGCCUGCACUAGCUCCCCUUGUCCUUCUGCCACCCCACCCCGGCCAUGGCCACGGCCACCAAUCGGGAUACCAGUCUUGCCCAUUUCUGGCUCACCUUCACCAUCCCACCCUGCUUCACAGCCCCUCGUGAGCAGCGAUGUCAAUAAACUGUCUUGUUGUUUCUCCCA